AUGGCUGAUAAGCGUCACAUGUGUCUGCUGGGACUGAUCAUGCUCUGUGCACUUCUCACAGGUAGCAGUGGAGCAGAAGUGACUCAUGUGUUCUGCAGUUCUGGUGAAGAUGUCCGUCUGUCCUGUAAUAAUGCUUGUUCUUGCUGCACAUCAACUUCAUGGAGCUAUAGCAGACAUUCAGAGACAGUUGAACUGAUUGUUGGAGGGAUAAAGAAGAAUGAAAUCGAGAGAUCUGAGAGACUGAGUCAGGACUCUGACUGCUCUCUGAACAUCAAGAACGUCACAAAAGAAGAUUAUGGACUUUACUUCUGCCGACAAUAUGCGUAUGAACAACAUCACAGAAAUUAUGCACAUGUUUAUCUGCAUGUUCUUCAUGUCUCUUCAUCAUCCUCACAGUCUGAGAUCAGAUCAGGCAGCUCUGUGACUCUCUCAUGUCAGUUAUAUUAUCAUCGAGUCACGUGUGAUUCUUUAGUUCGUUCUGAGGGACUUCAGCUGAUCUGGGUGAAUCAGGCUGGUGUGGAUCUGCAGACAGACUCCAGAUUUCAGAUAUCCUUCUCCUCAGGACAGUGUAUCAGCUCUCUGACUACAACACUCCUGAAUGAAGACCACAGCAGAGCGUGGAGAUGUCAGCUUAAACACAGAAAUCAGCUGAAGACCUCAGCCACAUAUACUGUCAAGUAUCCAACUCCAGCCGAAACAAAGACACCGUCUCCAGUCACCAGCUCUGAAUCCACUGCAGCUCCAGCACAACCAGGUACAUAA